AUGUCGAGUGACGAAGACAAACCGCCAGCGCCUCCUGUGCGUCUUACCAGCAACCGAGCAACCGAUCGUGGUGAUUCGGUGGCUUCUGUUGAUAUGAGGCCACUUCCUAAAGAACCAGAUGAUGGCAGCGAUAGAAAAAAGAAAACAUUAAAGGCCAAAAUUAAAGGUUCCAAGAGUACAGCACAUAAUGAUAACAAACCUAACAUUAGCUACCCAACAAACUUUGAACAUACGGUUCAUGUGGGCUUUGAUGCAGUUACUGGAGAAUUUACAGGAAUGCCAGAGGCAUGGGCUAGACUACUAAUGGCCUCAAAUAUCAGUAAGCAGGAACAGAAAAGUAAUCCACAAGCUGUUCUUGAUGUGCUCAAGUGGUAUGAUGCUUCUGCAACUCAGCCACCUCCAUCUAAAUACAUGACAUCUGCACAGAUGCACACUACCCAUUCAGGUUCAUCAGUAUCAAGAGUAUCAUCUAGCAGUCCGUCAUCAUCGACUCCUACAGACACUGAACAUCCGGAACCUCCACCACCACCGCCAUCUCGACCUGAUCGCACCAAGAGUAUAUACACAAAGCCCAUAGAAGAGGAGGAAGUACCACCACCGAGGCCGAUUCCAGCACCUUCUUCACCACCACAUGUUUUGCACCCAACAUUAACCACACAUUCGAUUUGCAGUAGAGUGGAUAUAGCCGGCUCCCCGCUGCCGCUCGAUCGCAACAAAAACCCGGCACCCGUGGCCGCACCACAGACGCCGCCCGCACACGCGCCCCACCCUCCGCAUGUGGCACACGUCCCACCUGCCAAUGGCGCGCAGACUAACACAGAUACCGGACGAGCAACAGGACAGCAGCAGAGGAAAAAGAAGAUGACAGAUGAGGAAAUUUUAGAAAAACUAAGGACAAUUGUGAGUGUUGGAGAUCCAAAUAGGAAAUAUACUAAAAUGGAAAAAAUUGGGCAGGGUGCAUCUGGAACUGUUUACACGGCUAUUGAAACGUCAACGGGCAUGGAAGUAGCUAUAAAACAAAUGAACCUAAGCCAACAACCGAAAAAGGAACUUAUAAUCAACGAAAUUUUAGUAAUGCGGGAGAACAAACACAACAAUGUUGUUAAUUAUUUAGACAGCUACCUUGUGAAUGAGGAAUUGUGGGUAGUAAUGGAAUACCUUGCUGGAGGCUCACUGACAGACGUAGUAACCGAAACUUGUAUGGACGAAGGACAGAUAGCAGCAGUCUGCCGUGAAGUAUUACAAGCACUACAUUUCUUGCAUACUAAUCAUGUUAUACAUAGAGACAUCAAGUCCGAUAACAUACUGCUUGGAUUGGAUGGCCAGGUUAAACUAACUGACUUUGGGUUCUGUGCACAAAUAUCACCUGAGCAGAACAAACGGACUACUAUGGUAGGAACUCCAUACUGGAUGGCCCCUGAAGUUGUUACAAGAAAACAGUAUGGUCCAAAGGUGGAUGUGUGGUCAUUGGGCAUAAUGGCAAUUGAAAUGAUAGAAGGUGAACCUCCAUACUUGAACGAGAAUCCGUUGCGAGCUCUAUACCUUAUUGCAACUAAUGGAAAACCUGAUAUAAAAGAUAAGGAGAAAUUAAGCACAGUCUUCCAAGAUUUCUUAGACCAAUGCCUUGAAGUAGAUGUUGAGCAGCGCGCAACAGCGUUAGAUUUACUUAAGCAUCCGUUCUUAAAAAUGGCGAGACCCCUAGCCUCCCUCACUCCUUUGAUAAUGGCAGCAAAAGAAGCCGCCAAGGGACAU